AUGAGAGUAAACGCGGUUGGGAAGUUGAUGGAAGAGAUGAACAAACCGGUAGCCCCCAGAAGAUCAAUCUCGAAAAGCAAUGCAGUGGAUGAGACAGAGCAGGUGAAGUCGCGUCGUUUCUUGGGCAGGGAUAAGUAUGAGCACAGCCGGAGGAAAGGACAUGGAACCGAGACAUGCAACACUCCCAAGUUGCAGAAGAUAAAAACGAAAGCCUGUGAAGCAAAGAACGGAAUGCUAAUAAAAGACAUUCCACUCGAUCAAGUGACGAGCAGCUCGCUCAAAGGGAUCCGCAAGAAAGGUAGUGGCAGGGUAGACGAUCAGAUGCUCGAGCUGUGGGAGACUGCUGAGGACCUAACAAUAGGAGAGUCGCUUAGGAGGUCGUUUAAGAUAACUGACAAGGACAUAGUGUACGAUGAGUUUGAGAACGUGAGACGUCUCUCUGAUCCCCCCUUCACGGAUUCAGACGUGGAGAAGGAGCUUCGCGUGGAUAAGUGGGAGGUCUCGAGAAGCAGCAGCAGUUCUGAGCUGAACCGAGAAAUGAGUGGUAGGAGAGUCUUGGAGAGGCUCGCCUCUGAUGCCCAGAAACUCGAGAGCCUUCAGAUGACAGUGCUAAACCUGAGAGGCAAGCUGGAGACAAACAGAAAGGGUUAUAGAAAGGUCAAGAACGUUGAUCUUGAAACAGUUCAAGAACAGCUGGUGGAAGCAGAGGAAACAGUGGCGAGUCUAGUGGAUUUGAACGGCCGGCUUGUUAGGAGCAUCGAAGAAUGCCAUUCCCCGGACAGGAAGAAAGAGGGUGUGAAGACGCGGAGAAGGAAGGUGGCAGAGCAGGCGCGAAAGGGGUCUGAGAGGAUCGGAAGGCUGCAGCUGGAGCUUCAGAAGAUACAGUACAUGUUGUUGAAGAUGGAGGAUGAGAAGAAGAGGAACAAGUUUCUCAAGAGCAAAACUGUCAUUCUGAGAGACUUCAUCAUCUACAACGGGAGGAAAAGCAGCGGGAGACGCAAGAAGGGCCCUCUGUGUGGGUGUUUUAGGCCUUCAGGUAGUAGGAAUGGAAGCAGCCCUUAA